AUGCUGGAAAUCGAAACCAGUGCAGUUGUCAAAAAGCGUGAAAGCACUCGCACACGCUACGUGCACGAGCCGAUUCCUGCUGCACGUGCGUUCCAUCUGCAGCCAGAAGUGGUGAAGCCGGAGAACUUGUUGUUGUACUCCGACCCGGAAGCCACGAAGAACCAUCAGGCGCCGUUCAUCAAGCUUGCUGACUUUGGCUGGGCGGUGAUCGUGGAUCGGCCGUCACCGCCACCGGCCAUUCCUUCGGAAGGGGUGGGAUCGCUUUGGUAUGCACCGCCGGAGCUGAAUCCGCCAGUGAGAGGUGCAGAGAUCGUCAGCGAUGAGCUGCAAGCCGGGAAGAGCGACAUGUGGAGUACGGGCAUCAUCACCUAUCUCCUCCUUACUGGUCACAGCCCCUUCAACAAAGCGCUGGUCCUGAAAGACCCGGUGCAGAGGGAAGCAGAGGUGAUUCGCUUGGCGGCCUUUGGAGACAUCAACAUGUCCACCAAGGCGUGGAACAUGGACCUGUCCCCGGUGGCUCGAGACUUCAUUCUGGCGCUGGUCAGGCCAGACCCAGCAAAGAGGUUGUCGCCGUCAGCUGGCCUGCACCAUGCCUUCAUAGCUGCGGCAGCGCUGUGUGCAGAUCUCUGCGGAAGCUUCAGGCUCUGCCCACAUCCGUCCAUGCUCGAGGAUGUGGCGAUGAGGCUCAUGCCUGUAGCGUGCCAGGUGGCAACAUGA